UUGCUAGCAAAGCGGGCGUUUGGAGCGGCAAAAACCUAAAGUAAUAAAAAAUAGUUAGAAAAAUAAAACAAAAAUAAACAAUAACACAAUUUGUUUGUUAACAUGCUAGCAAUUCCUCCGAACAAUUCUCUACCUCAAAUUCCAAUUGCUGGGCAAAAGUAAGAAGUUCCACGCCAAAUUAAGAAUCAAAACUCGUAAAAACGACAAACACAAGCGAAACGAAACAAAACACAAACAACAACAAAAAAUAAAUAGUGCAACAACUAAUAUACAUACAUAUAUAUAUAUAUAGCAAGUUUACUAUAUUUAUAUAUAUAAAAACCAACAAGUGCCCAUAAUAAUUAUAUAUACACAUAAGUAAAUAAAUCAUUUAACAUCGUCAUAAUGAGGAUCAUUUGCUGUGGCGGUAAUAGUGGCAAAAUGGACAUGAAAAACAAUUCGGACCCCAAAAAGGGUGAUGAGGCGGUAGCGGAGACCGAAGGCACAUAUUCCGGAUUGGGUGUACGUCAUUUUCAAGCUUUCCUGCUUUUCUGUGGUCUAACUGUGGCCUAUGCCUCGCGUGUCAAUCUCUCUGUGGCCGUGGUGGCCAUGACAGAUGCUGCCAGCGUUAAUCCCGAUUAUCCUGAAUACGAUUGGUCGGAGAAGACGAAAUCCCUGCUGCUGAGUAGUUUCUUUUGGGGCUAUGUCAUCACACAAGUACCAGCAGGUCAGCUGGCACGAAAAUUUGGUGGCAAAGUCACUCUAUUGAGUGGUCUCUCCAUUUGUUCGGUUCUAAACAUCCUGACACCUCUGUUCGCCGAUCUCGGUGGCUGGCAAUUGGUUUGUGCCCUGCGUGUGGUUGAGGGCUUGUGCCAGGGCUUCGUCUUCCCAUCGGUUCACACCAUUCUAUCGGGUUGGGCCGUACCCAGAGAACGUGCCACCCUGGGCACUUAUGUAUAUGUGGGCAAUCAGUUUGGUACCAUCGUUAUGAUGGCCACCAGUGGUGUAUUGGCUGCCUCAGCUGGCGGCUGGCCAAGCAUAUUCUAUGUCUCUGGCGGAAUUGGAUGCGUCUGGGCUGUGGCCUAUUAUUUCUGGGGUGCCAGUUCACCUGCGCAAUGCAAACAAAUCUCACAGGAGGAAUUGAAACUGAUUGAAAUGGGUCUCGCUGAGGAAUCGUCUGCUAGUGCGGAUCAACCCAAGGUGCAUUUGUCUACCCCAUGGCUGGCUAUAUUCAGCUCACCUGCCUUCCUUGUCCUGAUUGUGGCUCACAGUGCUCACAAUUGGGGCUUCUGGACACUACUCACCGAAAUUCCUAGCUACAUGAAGAAUAUUCUUGGCAAGGAUAUCAAAUCGAAUGCUCUACUCUCAGCUCUGCCAUACUUCUGCAUGUUCUGCAUGUCCUUUGUCUUCUCAGCCAUUUCGGAUCAGCUGAACAAACGCAAUUGCAUCUCCACCGUUACCAGCCGUAAGCUUUUUAACUCGAUUGGUUUAUGGAUUCCCAUGGUUACCCUGAUUGGUCUGGCCUAUGUCGAUACCGAUGAGAGCACCACAGCCGUGGUCCUUCUCUGUUUCACUGUGGGCAUGAAUGGUUCCACCUAUUUGGGUUACCAAAUGAAUCAUAUUGAUUUGUCGCCCAAUUUCGCUGGUGUUCUGAUGGGCAUCACGAAUUGUGUGGCCAACAUAAUGAGUAUUAUUGCCCCACUUUUGGUUGGCUUCAUUGUUACAAAUGAGCACGAUGCCACGCAAUGGCGUGUGGUCUUCUUUAUUGCUGCCGGCGUCUAUCUGGUGGGCAAUGGACUCUUUGUCAUCUUCGGCAAGGCCAACAUUCAACCCUGGAACGACCCACCAGCAUCUAAGCAAGCUCGUCGCAACUCUUCUCCCCAGGUGGAGUCGCAAAACUAAACUGAAUUUAAUGACUUAUAACUAGAGAGAGCCUAUGUGUGAGAGAGAAAACCGCACUAGUCAACUAGUUCACUUUUUUCCAACCAAAACUCAGUUGUAAUUUCCCUUUCCUUAAUAGCUUCUGCCUCUGUGUAUAAGUUUUUUUUUUUGUGUAAAUUGUAUUCCACAUUAUGUAUAUAAGAUUAGUUUAAAUUUUAGCUUUAAGGCCUUGUUGCAUAUGUGUAUAAAUGUUAACAAAAUGUAAAUAAGAUGUAUAAAACAAAAA